UCAGGCUCACAGAGACAAACAAACAAAUUUAUCUCUUUUUUGUUGUACGGAGAGAUGGACUCCAAUAAGAACCACUCCUCCAAUCAUAUUAUGCAUGAAACAAAAAUGCCAAUUUUUAUUGUAAUCACUACUCUUUAGUCUAUAUUAUCAGUGCAGUGGUAGAUACAGCAGGAGAAGAUAGAGAAUCGAUCAAUCAAAAGCUUCAAACAUAACUUAAAUCAACAAAGAGACAGAUAUACAUACAAAGCAUCCUCCUCAUCUGUUAAAACUACCUACCCACUUCAUGGCCAUAUCUCUUUUGAAUCCCCACACUUCAUCAUUUUUAUCUCAUUUCUCAAAUCCCCAAAAACCCUUAAUUCAAUUACCCUCCAAGACUAAAACCCACGUUACCAUCAAUCCCAAUCAUAGAUUUUUUCCUCCUCUUCUUCUUACUUCAAUUAACACAAGAAAAAAAUCAUAUUUAUAUACAAAAUCAGCUUCAGUUGAUGGGGUUUCUAUCGAAAACCUUUACAGUGAUGUCAAUGGGGAAGAAGAUGGUUUUAAUGGAUUUUCACAGAAAUUACAAAAAUGGGUUUCUUUUAUUCAAUCAAUUGUUCCAGGUGGAAGUUGGUGGAAGUUGACUGAUAAGAAAGUACAAGGGAUUGGAUUUGCAAAACCAGUUACUGUUUACAGUGCACUUUCUAGGAUGUGGGAAUUAGUCGCUAAAGAUAGAUGGGUUAUUUUUGCUGCCUUCUUUGCCUUGACUUUUGCAGCGCUUUCAGAGAUAUCCAUACCGCAUUUCUUAGCAGCAUCUAUAUUUUCAGCACAGAAGGGUGAGACAAUGGUGUUUUAUAGGAACGCUCAGCUCUUAGUUGUGCUGUGUUUUACUUCAGGAAUUUGCAGUGGUUUGAGGAGUUGCUGUUUCGGAAUCGCAAAUAUGAUCCUGGUUAAGCGCAUGAGAGAAAUGCUAUAUUCAGCUAUUCUCUUUCAGGAUAUAUCCUUUUUCGACGGUGAAACAGUCGGUGAUUUAACAAGUAGACUGGAGUCGGAUUGUCGGCAAGUAUCCCGUGUCAUCGGAAAUGAUCUUAAUAUGAUACUACGGAAUGUUCUUCAGGGGACAGGUGCUUUGAUCUACUUGUUUAUUUUGUCAUGGCCCCUUGCGUUAACAUCAUUUGCGAUCUGCUCGUUUUUAGCUGUGGUCAUGCUGAUUUAUGGCCAGUACCAGAAGAAAGCUGCAAAAGUAACACAAGAAUACACAGCUAAUGCAAACGAAGUUGCACAAGAGACAUUAUCUUUAAUGAGAACAAUUCGAGUCUAUGGAACAGAAAAACAAGAAUCUGGAAGAUAUGGGAUCUGGCUGGAGAAAUUAGCUGAUAUUAACUUGCGGCAAUGUGCGGCUAAUGGAAUUUGGACUUUGAGCUUCAAUACUCUUUAUCAUUCCACACAGGUUAUUGCUGUUCUAGUUGGAGGGACGUCUAUCGUAAAUGGUCACAUCACUGCAGAGCAACUUACAAAGUUCAUAUUGUAUUGUGAAUGGUUGAUAUAUGCAACAUGGUGGGUUGGAGACAAUUUAUCAAAUUUAAUGCAGUCUGUUGGUGCAAGUGAGAAGGUGUUUCAACUAAUGGAUCUCUUGCCAAGUGACCAGUUCUUAUCAGAAGGAGUGAAACUGCAAAAAUUGAAGGGGCAUAUCGAUUUUGAUAAUGUAUCUUUUCAUUAUCCUUCAAGAGUAAUGGCACCUGUUCUACAACAUAUCAACUUAUCAAUACACCAAAAUGAAGUGGUUGCAAUUGUUGGUCUUAGUGGUAGCGGUAAAAGCACAUUGGUUAGUCUCCUGCUCCGCCUUUAUGAACCAACUGAUGGGAAGAUUCUAAUUGAUGGAGUUCCUCUCAACGAGUUGGAUAUAAAGUGGCUGAGAGGGAAAAUUGGAUUCGUAGGACAGGAACCACGUCUCUUCAGAAUGGAUAUACGUUCAAACAUAAGAUAUGGAUGCGGCCAAGAUAUCACAGAAGAAGAUGUGAUAAUUGCUGCUAAACAGGCUUAUGCCCACGACUUCAUCAUGUCUCUUCCAAAUGGUUAUGAAACUAUAGUCGAUGAUGAUCUUCUCAGUGGGGGACAGAAGCAGCGGAUUGCCAUUGCUAGAGCUAUUCUUAGAGAUCCAUCCAUUUUGGUUCUUGAUGAAGCCACUAGUGCAUUGGAUGCAGAGAGUGAACAUAAUAUCAAGGGGGUUCUUCGUGCUGUACGAAAUGAUUCCAAGUCUAGGAGGACAGUCAUUAUCAUUGCGCACAGGCUAUCAACAAUACAAGCUGCUGACAGGAUUGUGGUAAUGAGCGGUGGUAGAAUAGUUGAGAUGGGUCAGCACCAAGAGCUCCUACAAGCAGACGGCUUAUAUGCCAGAUUAACCAACAAGCAGGCGGAUGCGCUGACAUGAUCUUCAAAUUGGUCUUUUGUAUGCGAGCAGGAACUUGUUUCACAGCUUUUGAAAGAGGCAACAGUCCGCUAACUUUCUCCCAUUGUUUUUUAUACUAAAAGAUCAAUACACCAGUAUACACACAAAUACAACUGAUACUAGCACAUUCUUCAGUGUUUCACAAUGUUUAAAGAUGUGUAUAUUAACUAUUUUAAGGCAUUUGCUGUUUACUCUCUCAUGUCAGAUGUGUAAACAACUCCUAUCUGAUAUAUUUUCUACUUUUCCUAAGAAUUUCACUUGAAAAAAA